CAAGGUCUACAACAGGGACUCAUACUGGAACAUUUUACACUGUAGAGAACAUAGUAAUGAAAAUGAGGACAAAUAUCUUCUGAGGUGUAAUUAUAGACUUCUGCAAAUUAUUGCAUGUUGCUUUGAGAUGGUAUAUUCAACCUUUCUGCUACAACUCUAUUCUGAGCAUGGAAGUCUUGGAUGUGGGAGCGUCUCAUUGAGCUGGAUAGUCAUUUGAGAAAUCUGGGUACCUGAACAAGAACGAUCCUUGUCCUUAAGCUGGAACAUGACAGCUGUGGUUUGCUUAGGGUCAAUUUCUAAUAUCAAAGCUUUGUGGGAGAGAAGAAUCCAUAAACACCAGGAGGAGCUGAAAGCAGAGAGAAGCCGAAGAGGAAAAGCUUCUGUGGGAGAGAUCUCGAAUGUAUGGGAAAGUCGGAUCCAGUUAUCUAAGCUGAAAGAAAAAGUUUACAAUGAAGACGGAAGAUUAAUCCUAAGGAUAGAAAAGGAGGAGUGGAAGACUCUUCCAGCAUGUCUGGUGAAGUUACCACAACUUCAAGAAUGGCAACUACACCGCACAGGUCUCACCACUAUUCCCACAUUCAUUGCCAACUUUAAUAACCUGCUGGUCCUGGACUUAUCUCGAAAUGUAAUAAAUCAAAUCCCUCCGGAGAUUGGUAGGCUGACUAUGCUCCGUGAACUCCUCCUCAGUUAUAAUCGAAUAGCAGAGGUCCCUGCGGAAAUAAGUGGCUGUGAGAAUCUAGAAAGAUUGGAACUUGCGGUGAACAAAGAUAUUUCAGAGCUCCCAGCUCAGCUCAGUAAACUGACCCAGCUGACACAUCUGGACCUGAACAUGAACCAGUUUUCGACCCUCCCGAAGGCGGUCUUAGAGCUCCCUGCACUGGAGUGGCUGGACAUGGGUAGCAAUAAAUUAAAGACCCUUCCUCAAGACAUAGACAAAAUGCAGUGUUUGCACACCUUGUGGCUUCAACGGAAUGAAAUCUCAGAGCUGCCAGAUUCUAUCAGAAGCCUACAGGGUCUCAACACACUUGUCCUAAGCAAUAAUCGGAUGAGAGGGAUCCCAGCUUGUCUGCAGAGCUUGCCAAAUCUUAGGUUUGUAAACUUCAGGGAUAAUCCUCUAGAGCUGGAAGUUUCACUACCCCCAAGUGAAGAUGAAGACGAGGAGAGAGAGCUCUUUGGAUUACAGUUCAUGCACGCCUAUAUCCAAGAGAGUACAAAUGUUGGGAACAGACAAAAGGGUUCGGAAGAGAGCUUCUGUGAAAUAACUACAAUAGUGGAACAACCCUAGAUCAUGGAGCCCUUCAUUUAUUGCAUCUGCCUUUAUAAUCCUGAGAAACACAAGUAGGAAUAUGCAUCACCAACC